AUGUCCUCCCCUGGCCCCAAGACGAUCCGAGUCGGCACCCGCCGCUCAGCCCUGGCGCUCGCGCAGACCAACCUCGUGAUCGCGGCACUGCAGCGCGCCCACCCGGACCUCACCUUCGAGGUGCACGCGAUGGCGACCAUGGGCGAUCGCGAUAAGACGACGCCGCUACCUGCGCUGGGCAAGGGGUUGUGGACGUCAGAGCUCGAGGCGCGCCUGACCUCGGGCGAGAUCGACAUCAUCGUGCACUCGCUCAAGGAUAUGCCGACGACUUUGCCGGAGGGCUGUGUCCUCGCCUGCGUUACGGCGCGCGAAGAUCCCCGCGAUGUGGUCGUCUUCAAGAAGCGGUAUCAAGAGGAAGGACGUUACAAGACGCUUUCAGACCUGCCGCAGGGUAGCGUGGUGGGCACGAGCAGUGUGCGCCGGGCGGCACAAUUGCGCCGGAGGUAUCCCGGCCUGGUCUUCCGGGAUGUCAGGGGGAAUGUGGAGACCAGGCUGGCGAAGUGCGACGCUGAGGUUGAGGAAGGGAAAGGGGAGAGGUAUGACGCCCUCAUUAUUGCGGCAGCCGGCCUGAAGAGGUUGGGAUAUGAGGGGCGGAUUUCGCAAUACCUGGACUCUACGACUGAAAGUGGCGGGCUGCUCCAUGCUGUCGGCCAGGGUGCACUGGGCAUUGAGGCUCGAGAGGGAGACGAGGCAGUGAUUCAAUUGCUCAAGGCCGCAGAAGAUCGGCCAACCAUGCUGGCUACUUUCGCGGAGCGGGCUGUGAUGAGGACCCUGGAGGGUGGCUGCAGCGUGCCAAUUGGCGUGGAGACGGCCUGGGUUGAGGAAGAUGGCAAGAAAAAACUGCGUCUGCGGGCAACGGUCGUCAGCUUGGACGGCAAGGAAGCCGUGGAUGGCGAGCAGACGGCGGAUGUGAACACUCUGGAGGAGGCCGAAGUGCUCGGCAAGGAGCUGGCCCAGCAGCUAUCAACGAACGGAGCGCAGAAGAUCCUCGACGACAUCAACAAGGGCCGGGUCACCGGAGCCGCGCUCAAAGUGAGCGACGUCUGA